AUGAGCACGGACGGGAGUAAAAAGGGGAGUAUCAGAAUGCCCAAAUCGACACUAAAGAACCAGAACUCGGUUAAAGUAACCGAGCAAAAGCCAAAUUCGUCGAAGAAGGCUGCUGUUUCCACGAGGGAGACCGAAUUAGAGUCGCAAGAUUCAAACCUAGAUGAAGAGUCGGAACUCGACGAAAAUGACGAAGUAAACGUUGUUGACGUCUCGAGCGAUGACGACGAUGAAGAAGAAGAAGAAGAAGAAGAAGAUGAUGAUGAUGACGAUGAAGAGGUGGACGACGAUCUACCUGAGGAAGAUGAAGACUCUUUCCCACUCAAGAAGAAGCAAAAGAAAAACAAAGACAACGGCUCGGAAUCAUUUGCAACUGCAUUCAACUCCAUCAUAAACUCGAAAUUGAAAGCUUACGAUAGGAAAGAUCCAAUAUUAGUUAGAAACAAGGCGACAUUGAAGAAAUUGGAAAGCGACAAAUUGGAAAACAAGGCAAGGAAAUCGAUUUUGGCCGAGAGAAAGCAGUUUCAAGACAAGCACAGAGUCAAGAACCUCUUACCCGCUGCCACCGACGACGGUGGUCUGCAAGUGCGAGCGUUCUUGGAGAAGGAGAAGCAGAUGAAGAAAACCGCGCAAAGGGGUGUGGUGAGGCUAUUCAAUGCCGUCUUGUCGACGCAAUUAAAGACAAACCAGGAAGUGGGCAAAGAGAAGGUGGGUCAGCAGCGGAAGGAAGAGUUGAUGACCGACGUGUCAAAGGAAAAGUUUUUGGACUUGAUAGCAGCAGCUGGCGAGGAUUGA